GACGGCAGAGGCAGGGGCUUCGUCUCGGGCCGGCCCUGUGGGCCCGGCGACUGCCACAUCGGCUUCAGCUUUGGCAGCGGGCUGUUUGGAGCUGACAGCAUGAACAGAGCCGUGAAGGUGGGAUGUGUGGAAGUGACACAAUCGGAUGCCAGCGGGGAAUUCGCGGAAAGCCUGGAGCUUCAGUACUUCGAUGGCUCGCAGUACAUUUCCUACCGCCAGGCCUUCAACCUGGUUGGGGGCGCUGCCUUCGUUCCAACUUUCAAUGGCACUGUGGGGCUUCACAGGGACCCACGCUGA